AUCAGGUGACGGAAUUGGAAAGAACAGAUAUUAUCUUUACCUCUACCUACCUUGUAUAAUUCGCGAAUUUUUGUAAAAACAGUAACACAUACAAUAGAGAAAAGAACCUUCGAACAAAAUGCGCCUUGCCAGUGUCUUUUUCUAUAAAGUUCAUAAUAUACCGUAUCGAUUCCGUGGGAAGUACCGUCGCGAAAAAAAACCAACCAUCAAGGAUAUAAUGAACAUGAAGUGGGAUAUUGAAAGAGAACAGCAGAAUAUGUUGCUACUAAGGCAUCCUUAUAUUACUGCUGAACAAAGUUUCGGCCACAUGAAGGAUGUGAAACAGGAAAAGUCAGAUAAGCUGAUACAAUUUUGGCACGAAGAAAAGAAUGUGAAGUUUAGUAAACGGAUUACUAUUGCAGAUCGGUUAAACUAUUAUAUGGUAAAUGAAUCUUGGGAUUAAUAUAUAUUUUAUCAAUUUUAUUAUAAUAUUAUCGUUCUAUAAUAAAUAAAUACACAUUAUCCAUAGACAACUAUCAGCUCUGUUAUAUAUUAGUUUUAAGGUUCUAUGACACUGUUAACAUUCUUAUUGUAGAGUUUUCAUGCCAAUAUUCUUUGGUGUGCAUUUCUUUAAUACAUUAUGUAUGUAAAGUUGUGCUGUUUGAACAAAAGAACAAAAACAGUUUGUAGUAAAUAACAUCUUUAAGUACAUACAUAAUGGUGGAAAUAUAUAUUUAAGAAUGCAACAUUAAAGUAUGGUCCACAAUUUAAUUGUUUUUACUAAUGUAAACAAUAUUUCUUCUUAAC